UGUAGCUACUCUGCGUAGGUGUCUGGUUUUGAAAUGCAGCGGGACUUAGUGAGUUUCCCGCUGUCCCCAGCGGUGCGGGUGAAGCUGGUGUCUGCAGGUUUCCAGACAGCUGAGGAACUCCUAGAGAUGAAACCGUCCGAGCUCAGCAAAGAAGUUGGGAUAUCUAAAGAGGAAGCCUUGGAAACUCUGCAAAUUAUAAGAAGAGAAUGUCUCACAAGUAAAUCAAGAUAUGCUGCUACAGCUGAGUCAGGCAAGAAGUGUACAGCACUGGAACUUCUUGAGCAGGAGCAUACCCAGAGCUUCAUAAUUACCUUCUGUUCAGCACUAGAUAAUAUUCUUGGGGGUGGAAUACCCUUAACUAAAACAACAGAAAUUUGUGGUGUACCGGGUAUUGGAAAAACACAAUUAUGUAUGCAGUUGGCAGUAGAUGUGCAGAUACCAGAAUGUUUUGGAGGAGUGGAAGGUGAAGCAGUUUUUAUUGAUACUGAAGGAAGUUUUAUGGUUGAUAGAGUAGUAGACCUUGCUACUGCGUGCAUUCAGCACCUUCACCUUAUAGCAGGAACACAUAUGGGAGAGGAGCACCCAAAAGCUUUGGAGGAUUUCACUCUUGAAAAUAUUCUUUCCCAUAUUUACUAUUUUCGUUGUCGUGACUACACAGAGCUGUUGGCACAAGUUUAUCUCCUUCCAGACUUCCUUUCAGAACACUCAAAGGUUCGAUUAGUGAUAGUGGAUGGUAUUGCUUUUCCUUUUCGUCAUGACCUAGAUGACCUGUCCCUUCGUACUCGAUUACUAAAUGGCCUAGCCCAGCAAAUGAUCAGCCUUGCAAAUAGCCACAGAUUAGCUGUACUUUUAACUAAUCAGAUGACAACAAAGAUUGAUAGAAAUCGGGCCUUGCUGGUUCCUGCGUUGGGGGAGAGUUGGGGACAUGCUGCUACAAUACGGCUAAUCUUUCAUUGGGACCAAAAGCAAAGGUUGGCAACAUUGUACAAAUCACCAAGCCAGAAGGAAUCUACAGUACUGUUUCAAAUCACACCUCAGGGAUUUAGAGAUGCUGUUGUUGCUACUGCAUCUUCUUUGCAAACAGAAGGUUCGUUGAAUUCCCGGAAACGGUCACGAGAAUCAGAGGAAGAACAGGAGUCCAAAGACUAG